AUGACAGAUGCAACUACACCGGCACAGAAUGUAUGCACCAUUUUCAGGUCAUUUGAGCAAUCUCAGAAAGGAUCUCGUGUCAAAUUUGGCGUGGUUCUCGUGGUCACGGUAACCAUUUUGAUAACCGCCUACUACCUCGGUUCGCCAACACCGGACGGCAUCCGGAACCCGUGGAAGUACAGGUGUUUUCUGGCCAGCAAGCGAUUGGUGUCUGAUAUGUCUAAGGCACUGUCCCUAUUAGCGUCUACCUCAUACGUCGACAGUUUUCGUUUUUUUGUCGACAUCCUCGUUCGACCUACGCCUUUGGAAGUUCCAGGAUCAAACAUCCGGGCUUCUGUCACAACCUUCGGUGGGGUCAGAGUUCGCCUUUACCAGCCUAUCAGAAGGGAGCCCGGUAAUGGACCAGCGCUGGUUUAUGCUCACGGAGGGGCUUUUGCUGUCGGGAGUGCAGCUUCUUUUGACCUUAUAACCAGACGCAUGGCAGAGACGUUAAACUGUACUGUCGUAUCAGUAGAUUAUCGUCUUGCCCCAGAGCAUCCCUUCCCAGCUGCUUUUGAGGACACCCUAAAUGCCUCCAAAUGGUUCAUGGACCACGCUCAUGAGUUUGGGGUGGACCAUUCGCGAAUCGGCAUCGCGGGGGAUAGCGCUGGCGGUACACUAGCAGUUGCAGUUUCGCAGGAGUUGCACGACGACCAGGCCUACCCAGAUUUUGCUUUCCAGGCACCCAUUUACCCUCUCACCCAGCUCAUUGACAGCCACACUCCGGGAACUCUCCUAUCCAAGUUCCAUUUUGGUAUGGACGGCUCCAUAGUCACCUGGGAUGAAGCUAGCAUGUUCUUCAGCUUCUACUUGAUAGGUGGCGAGCAUGAGAGACUGCAAAAUGCCAUUCUCCGCAAUGUACACAUUCCCUUAGAAUUCAGGCUCAGCAACGCACCACAACUGCAAUACGUGAAUCACUCCCUUCUUCCUCUCCGCUUGCGCAGUUAUGACUUCCUCCCUCUCCUAAACCCUGCCAGUCACGAACAUUAUGUCGAGGCAGAGGGUUUGUGGGAUGAAAUCAAAGACAAAGUCCUAGACCCCCGACUUAGCCCUCUGAUGAGGCAAAAUAUGAGCAAGUUGCCGCCCACCUUCGUAGCCACCUGUGAGUAUGAUGCCGUGAGGGACCACGGCGUAUUCUACGCCAUUAGAGUCAGGGAAGCUGGGGUACCGGUCCGAUGGGUGCAUUAUGAUGGUGGAUUCCACGGAGUUUUUGGUCCUUCUUGGCCCUUUGAAUUCGACGUUGGCGAACAAAUGUUCCAAGAUUUCGUAGAUUUCGCUAAAGAACAUCUCAAAAUAUUUAAACUCGAACGCUCUUGAAGAAAUGGAAAAAAGGUACCAAACGUUUGAGAAGAAAAAGUGUGGCUAGUGCCAAAAAGAAAAUAUUACCUAUCAAUAAUCAAUGUACAAUGUAAUUGGAUUUUCCUCGAAGUUGUAAAGAGGUGCAGAUGAUACUCAUAUGCAUUUUCAUAUUUGGUCAGUUGUUUUCACUUCUUCAUCAUAAACUGCAUUGUUAUACAUGUAUACGUAUAAUGGCAGUCCCUCCUGAAUUAUUGUAAUAAUCCGACCGUUUAUAAUCAUAUCGAUAAGUUGGUCUGGACUUGUAUUUUAGAAACUUUUAAAGGGAUCACCACAAGUUCAAUUCAAGAUGGCCUACUGUGGAUAAGGCCAAUGAUAAGAAGUCAUGUGACAGAGCUCCUUUCAGUGACGUCGUGCAAUCGGGUUUGGCUAAUUCUAUCACUUCGCCCGGGCUAUAUGGUUACGUCCAGCAAUAGCAUAAGCGCCGAUAGGCGGUCGCCUAAAGGCGACUUUCCAAAUGUAUGUUUUUUGGCGCGUUGCAUAUACGAUGCGUUCAUGCGUUCUGACACAAAAGUCGACCUAUUAACAUAACACAUGUGUGCGUCGCGUUCGGCCGUCAAACUUGCUCAUAGAGCGAUUUUAACAAAUACGCAACGCGUGGAGCAAGUGUUGCUGCGCAUAUGGAAAGGCGCCUUUAGCUGCACGUGUUGGCGGCUUUCUCAGGCAUGCUUAGGCCUAUUAAUAGUGGUUGUGUAAUUCGUUCACGGCGUAUGCUGAGGACACUGCGGCAAAGUUCAACAGAUUA